AUGCAAGAUGUUUUUGAGAUUACUGAUCUAGGUUUGAUGACCUACUUUUUUGGCAUAGAAAUGAAUCAGAUUGAACAUGGCGUCUUCAUAAGUCAACGAGCUUUUGCAUUGAAUAUUUUAAGCAAGUUUUGCAUGAUAAACUACAAACUUGCUAGCACUCCUGUGGCACAAGGUGAAAAGCUUUCCAGCAAGAGUGGCAAUGAAAGAGUGUUUGAGAUGGGCUACAGAAGCCUUGUAGGUUGUCUACUCUAUUUGAUAGAAGCAUGGCUAGACAUCAUGUAUACAGUUCGUCUUCUAUCAAGGUUCAUGCAUUGUUGCAAUGUUGCUCAUUUCAAGGCAGCUAAAACAGUCUUGAGAUACAUCAAAGGGACCUUAAACUAUGGGGUGAAGUUUGUGAAGACUGAGGAGCUAAAACUGGUUGGCUAUUCAGAUAGUGACUGGGCAGGCUCAGUUCAUGCUAUGAAUAGCACAUCGGGCUUCUUUUUCACUCUAGGUUUAGGGUCUUUUGUUGGAGUUCUAAGAAACAACUAG